GAACGAUAUACGCACGAGCACUACAUCAUUACAUCCGCCCUCUCCUCUCCCCUCCCCUCCUCAUCUCCUCAUCUUCGUCCUCCUCGUCACCAUCUAACCCCCUCUUUAGCUGCGGCCACUUCCCUCUCUUCAUUUCUCGCAUUCCUUCGCCUUUCCAUACCAUUUACGACUGCGACGAAGUCUGGGCGCAGAUCAAAUCCCGACCCUGGCAAAAACCGACGACUUGGUGGCCGAGCUUCCGGACGAAGCUUCAAAUUCUUCUUUUCCUCCCUCGAAUCAACAAUCAAUACGUGCAUUGGAUUGCCAUCUCGAGGCUCUCAAUGUCAACGCCUCUUGCAUUCCGACGAACGUGAGCGCCUUUCGCAACGAACACUCGACCCACGACGAUUGAAGUAUUGCAAGAACAUAUCGACCCGAAUACGCUUCUCGUCAACAUGGUCCUCUCGCACACCACGAACCACACCUACUCCCACCCCUUCCCGACCGUGACACUCGCCUACUUCCUCCGCUACUCUUCGCCCAAGCUCAACCCGUUUUCCACCCAUGUCCUCAGCACCGACACCAUCGAUAGUCGCCUCGACCCGGUGACGGGCCGUCUGCACACCACCCGCAUCCACCUAAAGAAGUCUCGCAUGCCUGCGCCUGUCUUCAAGCUUCUCCCUACAUCCAUCACCGGCGGUGGCUCCAGCGAGAAAGUCAGCUACGUUCUGGAGAACUCUGUCAUUGACAUGCGCGAGGGUUGGAUGCGUACCGAAAGCAAGAACCUCAGCUUCAUGAAUGUGCUCUCCGUUGUGGAGAAGCAGGAUUUCCGCCUUCCCGCUGAUGCAGCUGACGCGAACACCGACGUCACAACCACAUAUGUCUACAAGUCGCGUCUCGGCGAGAGGCUUCGUGGCGGCAAGAAGGACCAGAUGCAAUCUGCCGUCGAGCAGCCGGAGCAAAAGGAGGGUCGCUGGAUGCCAGGCUGGAUGAGCGGACUCGGCGCGCGCGGCGUUCAACGCAGUAUCGAGAGCAUCGCUUCGAGCAAGACACAGGACCAGAUGGGCAAGAGCCGUGAGGGCAUGCGCGUCGUCCUGGAGAGACUUCGAAAGAACGGCGUCGUGGGCGUGCUGGAGAUGAUGAGACGAGAACGCCAGUUGGCUUGAUGGCCAUUCCCGCCUCGACGAAUGCACAUCUCGAAACGUGACCUGGGCUGGAGGGGAGAGAACACCCAUGUAUACCAUUCACCAAGCGUCAUUGACGACAUUGCCCGGUCCGCGGGUCACGUUCGGAUGCUGCUGUACCCCUAUCACACCACUUGUUGUACAUUAUUCUAUGACCAUAGCGCGGCGUCUUUAUGGCUUUUUUUUUUAUGGCGGUCGGGAGGACACGGCAAAAAUGGAAUGGACUGCGACGGAUACGGAAAAUUCUUGGACUCCUGUCAUGCCGUCCCUGUAUGACAUCCCCUCUCUUGAAUUUGGCACUUACGUAGUCAAAAAUAACAUGUAAAAACUUUUGAAUAUUUACAAUCUGGGCCGACCCGAUUUGUGCAACUAUUUCUCAGCUUGACGGCCAGCAUAACAAGAAUCUGCUCUGCUGGCACGUAAGCCGCCAGACUAUUGAAACAUUCUCAUCUGUGAAUGAUUUAUUCUGUCAGUGCCAGCGGACACGGCCGUGGACAAGGUAUUUAAGCUUGCGGCCCCAGAUCUUGGCGAUCUGCAAGACAUGAGGUUGGGAUGGACGAAUAGGAAUAAGGUCAACCGCGACCAACGCAAUUAUUUCUGUCCUUUUAGAAUACCUCAUUGCACGAAUUAAAAGCAUACAACGAAUUGAGUGUUGAAAUGUCGUUUGGUGGUGACUGAGGCGGGCACGGGUUGUUGAGUAUCAGGGGAG